AUGAUUCGACGUUGUGCUGUUCCGCUUUGUGCUGCGAGCGCCAUGCCGCGCGGUGGGCACCCUCUCCUGAAGUUGAAGAACGCCCAUGGUUUCACGCAUAAGUCGACGCGCAGGUUUGACGAGCUCAAUAUUACGGCUUACGAAUGGCAACACGACUCUACCGGGGCCCUUUACUAUCACCUCGAUACUAACGAUCGCAAUUGCACCUUCUGCAUCGGCUUCCGCACCCCGGCCAAAGAUAAUAAAGGCAUUUCACACGUGUUGGAGCAUACCACGCUCUGUGGAAGCAAGAAGUAUCCCGUUAGGGACCCUUUCUUUAUGAUGCUAAAGCGAUCCUUAAACAACUUUAUGAAUGCGAUGACAGGGGCUGAUUACACGUUGUACCCCUUUGCCACAACAAAUGCACGAGAUUUUUGUAACCUUCUUGAUGUUUACCUGGACGCGGUGUUCCACCCAUUGUUGCGCCUCGAAGACUUCAAGCAGGAGGGACACCGUGUGGAGGUGGAGGAAGAUGAUUCGGCGAAAAGGCGACUCGUGUAUAAUGGGGUCGUCUUCAACGAGAUGCGUGGCGUUGUCUCGGAGCCCUCCCAGCACUACGCCCACUCACUCAUGAAGACUAUGCUCCCCAACACUCAUUACGAACAUAUAUCUGGUGGUUAUCCGCCGGAGGUGCUGAAGCUCACAUACGAGGAGCUGGUGGCUUUCCAUAAGAGGCACUACCACCCUACCAACAGCAUUACCAUUACCUACGGUGAGCAGAACCCUGGGAGUUGGAUGGCCACCCUAAAUGAGUACUUCUCAUCGUUUGAAAGGGGCGAGGUCGUUGCUGUUUUUGGUUUGGCAGAGAAGAACCGCUUCGCAGAGCCAAAGAGAGUGACCAUGGAGGGACCACUUAAUCCUAUGGGGAACCCGCAGUGCCAAAAGCGUGUGUCUGUUUCCUUUGGGGUCCAGAAGGAGGAUAAAAACAUGAAGGAUAUUGUGGAGCUUAGUGUUUUAGAUAUACUUUUGUCCAGUGGCCCCAGUUCCCCUAUUUACCAGGCUCUGAUCGAAUCACAGAUUGGCAGCCGCUACGCUCCUAUGAAUGGCUACAGUAGUUAUUUGGCGUCUCCACUCGUUUCUUACGGGGUCGAAGGAGUCGACGAAGCUCGUGCCAACUCAGACGAAGAGGUACUUAGCGCUGUGAUUACAGCGUUGGAGAGGGUAUCCAAGGAGGGAUUUGAGCAACGGCGCGUACAAUCGGUCAUUUUUCAGGAGGAACUUCAACAACGGCAUCGAGCGGCAGAUUACGGCGUUAACCUUUGUACGGGUCUCUGUGCCAUGGGGCUAUGUCGAGCGGAGAACAACCCUUUGGACUUUAUCGAUUGGUUGCCGCAUCUGCGGCAACUGGAGGCUGAACAGGCCAAGUCGCUUUUGCCACGCAUUUCGCGGAAUCUCCUCAACAACCCCCAUCGUGCGCUGGUGUCGGUGUCUGCUAAGAAGGAUUUCCUAGAUUCCCUUCGCGAUACGAUCACCCAUAUGGAAGAGAAACUUAAUGAUGGAGCAACGGAUGCCCAAAAAGACGAAAUAAAAAAGGAAACAGAGAAAUGGCUCGAGCGUGUGCGGGCACCGCAGAACGGUGACAUUUUACCGACUCUGAAGGUAGGUGACAUCCCCUGUCAAUCCUUUCAGGAGCCACUGCCACAACCAAAGGCUGAUGGGCAGAAUACUUCUCUGUUACGCGCUCCUCCUCCUCUGAAACCACCAGUGGGGGUGUACACGAUUGGGUACCCAACAAAUGGCUUGGUGUAUGUGCACGGUCUGGCACCUUUUAGUGCGGCUACGGUGUUGCUUCUUGAGAAGGCAGAGAAUGAUGCACUUGCGGGUAUACCCCUUUCCCAUUCCCUGCUAGGAAGUCUCGGAGCAGGAAAAUACACGUUUAAAGAACUUUCCAUUGCUACCGACCUCGUCUGCGGCGGAUUCUCUUUCUCCCCGCAACUCAAUCAGUCAUAUUGCAACAAGUCAGAGUACAUUACUGGAACCGCUUACGGCUUUUACACGACUAAAGAGAAACUACACGAUGCGCUGGAACUACUCAAAAUGACACUUCUGGAGCCACACACCUCCGUUGAGGAUGAUGGGGUGCGUGGCCGUACCCUCUCGGUGGCGAAGGCCCGUUGUUCGGGUGUGAUUCAGCGGCUACAACAUGAGGGCAACCGUGUGGCCACCUCCCUCGCGGUGUCGCACUUGACUCGCUGUGGCGCUGUGAGAGAGUCAUGGCAUGGUUUGGCCCAGUCAAGUUACGCCUCAGAGAUGCUUGAGAAACUUCAAAGCAGCAACGAGGGCAUCUCCCACUCAGCAGUUGCAACGAUACUUGAACACCAUUCAUGCUUUGUGCAGUCGUUUGCCGCAAACCUCUGUCGCGGCGUGUUGUGGGCAACAUGUGAGGAGCAGCACCGGUGUGAAGUGGAGAACAUGCUUGCUUCAUUUCUAAGCGGCUUCCCAAAAGGAGAAGAUACGUCUUCGUGUGCAUGUCUCCCCUCCUUGGGGCGCAUAGCACGCGAAGACGUUGUUGAACUGUGCAGGAGUUUACCUAUCGACACCUCUUAUGCCGCCAUCGCUAUAGCGAACGACCUGGACUGGACCCAUAAACAGCAAGCGCCGCUGCGGGUUGCAUGCCAGUUGCUCGCCAACGAAUAUUUGCACCGUCGUGUUCGUGAGGAAGGGGGAGCCUAUGGGUCAGGGGUUAAGGCCACAUUAGGUGCAGAGGUGGGUGGUGUUACCAUGUCUAGCUACCGUGACCCCACACCCGAAGCGACGGUUCGUGUAUUCAAAGAGGCAGGGGAUUGGCUGAGUGAGGCAAGCAAUGUUACCCAGCUGCGGGUGGACGAGUCAAAGCUCCGGCUUUUUGCGGGGAUUGACGCGCCCUAUGCCGCAGACAGUUUUGGUGAGUCAUAUUUCCUUCACGGAAUCCGACCGGAGCAGAAGCAAGAAAUGCGUGACGCUCUCCUAAGCGUUGAGCCAAAAGAUGUAGUUGAGGUCGCCCGAUACUUCGACGUCGGUAAAAAUCAUGGGGCGGUUGUUGGCAUCCUGCGCCCCGAGGAGCGGAAAGAGUAG